GUACUGCACUUUCUGAAUAUGUCAUAAUAAAACGUCAAAGACUAUUGAACUUGUCAACUCCGCAAAACAGAUUAUUCUAUUCUUUCGGUGAAAACUCCACAUAUAACAAUCCAAACAUGUUUCGUUCAUCAACAUUUGAGAAAACCCUAGAAGUUGCAACGAGCCACCUCCUUUUGGAACCCGACUGGCCGUCCAUUCUACUGAUAUGCGACACAAUACGGCAGAGCGAUGUUACGGCGAAGCAGGCGUUCCAAGCGAUAAAGAAGAAAAUGCAGUCACCAAAUCCUCAUACGGCAUACUAUGCUCUCCUGGUUCUCGAGAGCGUCGUGAAGAACUGCGGAGCCCCCAUCCACGACGAAAUUGCGACCAAGGAGAACUGCGAAAUGUUUAGUUCGUUCAUUGAGACAACCCCCCAUGAAAACUGUCGAGCUAAAAUGCUGGAACUGAUUCAGACCUGGGCUUACGCGUUUCGUCAAUCCGACAAAUAUCAGGCUGUGAAGGAUACGAUGACCAUCCUAAAGGCUAAGGGGCACUCGUUCCCCGAACUGAAGGAAGCUGAUGCUAUGUUCGCCGCAGAUAGUGCUCCUGAAUGGGUGGAUGGGAAAGUAUGUCAUCGAUGCCGGGUCGAAUUCUCUUUUACCGUUCGCAAACAUCAUUGCCGUAAUUGUGGACAAAUAUUUUGUGGACAGUGUUCGUCUAAACAACGCCCACUUCCGAAAUUCGGUUACGAGAGAGAUGUUCGAAUCUGCGAAGGAUGCUACACUCAACUUCAAAAGCCAUCGGCAACGAAAUCCCGUAGUAGCAGCGGUGAAAGUGAUUUGCCCGCUGAAUAUUUAAACAGUUCGCUGGCUCAGCAAUCGCAGACUCCACCGCGAAAAUCAGACCAAGAACUGAAGGAAGAGGAGGAAUUACAACUUGCCUUGGCUCUCAGUCAAUCGGAGGCUGAGCAAAAAACCAAAACGACACCAAAUUAUCGUAUUUUCCAAAAAUCGCCAAGUCCAGAACCAUCUCCUACAGUCCAAGUCCCAUCGAACCCUAUUGCUUUAGAGGAUCCACCAUCCGACCCUGAAUUGGCGAAAUACCUCAAUCGAAGCUAUUGGGAGCAACGCAAAACAACAGCCACUGAAUCUCCUGCAAGUCCUUCAGCUCCAAGUCCAAUGCCGCAAAUUUUUAGUGCUUUACCCAUUAAGUCUGUUCCAGAGGACGCUGAGAUUGAUGACUUCGCCCAUAACAUGAAGAGUCAAGUGGAGAUUUUUGUCAACCGUAUGAAAUCGAAUUCGAGUCGUGGCCGAAAUAUUUCAAAUGAUAGUUCUGUACAGACGUUGUUUAUGAAUAUAACUUCACUUCAUUCACGGCUGUUAAGUUAUAUCAAAGAUAUGGACGAUAAACGCAUGUGGUAUGAGCAAUUGCAGGACAAAUUGACACAGGUCAAAGAUUCUCGUGCCGCACUCGAUGUGCUUCGUCAGGAGCAUCAAGAGAAACUUCGUCGUAUCGCAGAAGAACAGGAACGUCAGCGUCAACUACAGAUGGCCCAUAAACUGGAGAUUAUGCGCAAGAAAAAACAAGAGUAUCUUCAAUACCAACGUCAAUUGGCAUUACAACGUAUUCAAGAGCAAGAACGUGAGAUGCAAAUGCGCCAAGAACAACAAAAAGCUCAGUAUCGCAUUAGCCAAUCAACAUUCCCAUUCAUUCCUGGACAGCAAAGCUCUCCCAGUCAUCAGAUGCCUAAUUUCAAUGCUGGGCCAUAUGGUUAUGCCCCCAAUUCUCCAAACAUCCAACGGUUUGGGCCGCAAGGGCAAAUUAUGCCUGGAUCGAUUCCCAUGCCAGGAAUGUAUAAUCCUGGCAUGCCAUCUAUGCCGCCGAAUCAAAUGAUGCCGGGAAUGCAACCUCCUGCCCAGACUAUACCAAAUCAACCACAAGGACCACCUCAACAGCAGCAACCGCAACAAGGACAACAACCACAACAAGGGCAGCAACAGCCUCAACAACAACCACCACAGACAGCCCCUCAAACAAUAAAUCCAAUGCAAAAUGGAAAUGUUCCAAUAACCUCUGCUCCUCCGGGCGGCCAUAUACCUAAUAUGCAACAACAGACAGGUUACAUUUCGAAUCCUCAAAAUGUGAAUACUUCAAUGCCUAAUAUGGCUCCAAUCAUGUCUGGGGGAUUACCACCGGCAGGACUACCGGGUCAAAUGCCAAUGACUGGUCCGAUGCAUACUCAACCACCACAGCAACAGCCUAGUGAUCCCAAACAAACGUUCUCUCCACCGCAAUCGCAUCCGCCUCACCUCCAACAGCAAAUUCCUCUUCAUCAGCAACAACCAGUGCCGCAAUCAGGACAACCGCAGCCCAACAACGUUCAACCGGCGCCAAGCUCUCCGCCAAAACCAGCCAACGAGGACGAGGGUAAUGAAGUGCAAACGGCUGAAUUGAUUAGUUUCGAUUAAAACACGUUUAUUAUUCCAACAUAUAUUAACAGUAAUAAUUGAACGGUCAUGAAAUCUUUUUAUUCUCCUAUCUAAUAGUUAGUACAAUCGUUCUUUUUCGUUUGGUUCUUAUAUAAUUUACAAUAUAUAUUCAUUACGGCGUCUGAACGAGAAUUUCUUUCAGUUGAUUUGAUAAAGGAGUUGAACGACGUUAUAAAAGAAAUUAAUGUGAAAAUGAAAUAAGUGGAAAAAUCUGAAAGUCCAAUCGAAAUUCUCGAUUUCAAAUUCACUGGGUUGGGAUAAAAUUCGAGUGUAUCAAGCAUAUAUUUUGAACGUGCAUACAUAAUUGAUAUCUAGCAAAUGAAUCAAUAGUCAACACACCUAGGAAGUUUCAAGUAAAUGAAUAAAAAAUUUAAAUCUAA